UGUGUCAAUCACGCGUUUUUUUUCAUUCCAUGUCCCCCUUCAUCGCCAUAUUGGGCGCCGUAAAGCCUCGCCUUGUUAUUUUCUCUUCCCCUUUUUUUUACUACGACGCGCAGUUGACAGGAGUGGCCAUCGCGAACGCUGCUUUUGUUUUGAUGCUCGUCGCUCGCCCGUGUUUUUCUGCUUCAUGCGGCGCUCGUCGUGUUUGGAUCGCAUUGAGUGAACAGCAUUCGGGAUUUGUUUGUCGACGUGAACGCCCGAAAGAUGUCCAACGUUCGCCUGUCUAACGGCAGCCCGACGAUGGAGCGCAUGCAGGCUCGGUUGUCCGAUCAGCCCAAACCGUCUGCGUGUCGGAAUCUGUUCGGCCCGGUGGAUCGUGAAGAAUUAAAGAAGGAUUUCCAGCGCCACAUGAAGGCGAUGGAGGACUCGUCGGCGGACGCGUGGAACUUCGACUUCUCCGCGCACACGCCGCGACCCGGUGGGAGAUUUCAGUGGGAAGCGCUGGAUAUUUGCACGGUGCCCGGUUUUUACAGCAGGUCGGAGCGGAGGAAAGGCUCGGGUGUUAACGAUUGCUCGACUGGGAAUAAUAAUAACGACAAUGAUGUGGAUGUAAAUGGGAAUCACGACUGUCGGGUAACGGAGGAGACGCCCGAAACACCCGGAGAUCAGAGGAAAAGAGCGUCCAGCUGCUUCGACUCGUCCUGUCAAAGCAAGCGGCCGCACAUCUGUGUGGAUGAAGUGACCCGGACGCCCAGAAAACCCAAAAAACCAAGGAAACCUCCCAGCCCGACACCCACAUAAACACAAGACAAGGACUGAAGAUGUUUUCAUCGUCUGUUGAAGAGCUCAGUGCUUCGCGAACGAGUUUGUCUGAGAAUCAGAGAAGCGAUUGAAGAAGAUAAAGAGCAGAAACGUAUGGACUCUGGUGUGUUUUAAGCACUGAAACACUACACUUCUGGCACUCAAAAGCCGCUGCGUCUGUAGCAGUUUAUGUAGCAGUGUGCAAUUAGGUUGAAAGAUCCUUUUUUGCCCAUUUUCUUUUCUUACUACCUGUGUACAUAAUUAUAUAUUUGUUUCUUAUGUAGCACAUAAUUUAGUAUUAUGUUGGAAGUUUUUCUUUCUUUUUGAGUUUGGUUUGACUUGAAGAGCCAAAAUGCUGUUCAUAUUAUUUCUUCACAUCUAAACGUUUUUCAGGUACAUCCGCCUGUCGGCGCAGGUUCAAUCUGAACAUCUCAUCUUGUAUUUGGUUUUAUUUUCCGGUUCACGUAAGGUCAUUGAUGAAAGAGAUGAUGUAAACGUUCUGAGGUCAAACCCUGUAGCAUCAAACCAGUAUUAAUGUCAGGCACUUCUGCAGGGCUUUGCCCUUUCUUAAAUUAUUUCUCUUGAUCAUCUGUAAUUUGAGUGAGAUUUUCUACUGAUAUUGUUUGGGGUUUUUUCGUUACUCUUUGUUUUGACUCGAUCACGCUUGAUUUUGUUUUGUGUGUGUGCGUGUGUCCUUUCAGAAGUGCGUGCAUCUGAAACACUCGACGAAUCGAUGCUGUGGUGAAAACUGUAUUUAUAGAGAAAGUAAAUAUUAAUAUUUGAACAAUGUACACUGCCUGUGUAUUUGUGCAAACUUUGAAAAUGUACCUGUGUACAUAACUGUAAAAACACUGAGAAAAUUAAAACUAACUUAUUUAUGUCGAGCUUUUUCUUUGGAAAUUAAAAAACGGGGUUUGGAGUCAUAUUUUUUGUAAAUGCUUAUUUUUUGGUAGUUUCUUUCUUUUGUAAUAUUAUUUUUUAACAAAUUGUAAAAGGUUGCAAACUGAGCCUGAUUAAAAUAUUUGAUAAGUG